AUGGAUAGCAGGUGGAAGUCCAUAUGGGAAAUGAAAGUUCCUGAUAAGGUGAAGUUUUUCAUGUGGAAGGCGGGAAACAACCUUCUUGCUACUAGAGUAAACCUCUUUUCAAAAAAAGUUAUUGAAAACCCUAUAUGCCCCAUCUGUUUGAAAGGAGAGGAGACUAUCAUGCAUGUUCUCUGGCAUUGCCCAGCAGCUGGUGAUAUGUGGGCUGAGUCUCAUAGAGCAAUUCAGAAAUGGGGUCCUUUGGAGACUGACCUGCUUAAGCUUUGGAAAGAUCUUGAAGGGAAGCUCAACAAAUAUGAAUUAGAUGGAGUUGCAGUCAUCAUGAGGGGAUUGUGGAUGAGAAGGAACAAAUUUAUUUUUGACAACAAAUUUCUUAGCCCAAGUAGUAUUAUCAAAUAUGCCAGAGAAUCUAUUGAAGAAUACCACGCAGUAGAGGAGGGGACAGUAGAGCAGAAGUCAUCCAGAAAUGGUCACCACCAGGAGUAA